AUGCGUUUCUCAACUCCUCUCGUUGCUGGUCUUGUGGUUGUGAGCCCUGCCGCGGCCGCACCCAAGUAUGGUGACAAGGAAUUGUUCAAGACUGUGAAGCCCAUCAAGCAGAUUGAGCUCGGCCCUCGACCUUACUACCUCGUCAAUGACAUGGACGAAGGGUCUCUGAAGAAGAAGCUCCAGUCAUGCUCCGAGAAGCCUCAGAAGUCUUCUGAGUGGUCAAUUGCUCACCGUGGUGGUGCCACUCUCCAGAUCCCCGAACACUCUCUCGAGUCCAACCUGGCUGGUGCUCGUAUGGGUGCUGGAAUCCUUGAGUGCGAUGUUGCUUUCACCAAGGACCGCGAGUUGGUCUGCCGACACUCUCAGUGCGAUCUUCACUACACGACCAACAUCGUCACGAUUCCCGAGCUCAACAAGAAGUGCACCCAGCCCUUCAAGCCUGCCAAGGAUGGUAAGCCUGCGUCAGCAAAGUGCUGCACCAGCGACAUCACCUUGAAGGAGUACAAGACUCUGUGCGCCAAGAUGGAGGGCUUCAAUGCCACUGCUACCAACGCGGCCGACUUCCUCGAGGGCACGCCCGGCUGGCGAACUGAUUUGUACUCUACUUGCGGCACUGUCCUGAGCCACAAGGAGCACCUCCAGCUUGUCAAGCGACUCGGCUUGAAGCACACUCCUGAGCUCAAGACGCCCGAGGUUAAGAUGCCAUUCCAAGGCGAUUAUACCCAGAAAAAGUACGCGCAGCAGCUCAUCGACGAGCACAAGGAGGCUGGAGUCAAGCCAAGCGACGUGUACCUCCAGAGCUUCCUGUACGAUGAUCUUCUGUACUGGCUCGAGGCCGAGCCUGAGUUUGCUCGCCAGGCCAUGUACCUCGACGAGACGGGCGACACACCCGAGACUUUCAAGACGGCCGUGGCCAACCUCACUCGCUACGCCCAAGACGGAGUGCGCUACAUUGCACCUCCUCUGCCUUAUCUCGUCCAGCCUGGAAAGGACGGUAAGAUUGUGCCCAGCGCGUAUGCAAAGAAGGCCAAGGAGCUGGGGCUCAAGAUUGUCACCUGGAGUCUGGAGCGAUCUCCUCCUCUGAAGAACGCCGCUACCAACGGUGACUACUACUACUCAACCAUUGCCAAGAUCGUGAACAACGACGGUGAUGUUUUCAAGUUGCUGGACGUUUUCCGUGAAAUUGGUGUUGUUGGAGUUUUCUCGGAUUGGAGCGCAACAGUUACUUAUUACGCCAACUGCUUUGGCAUCAAGCUGUAG